AUGCCGCUUGCACUUUCAGUCGCCCUUCCGGCCGACUCGGGCCGUAUCGCAGAGAUUCACAUGGCAGCUUUCGGCCCGAACGCCAUGUUGCGUGCGCAAUUCCCGACUCCAGCUGUCCGAGAUGCGCUUCAACGCUCAAUUGAAUCGAAGGCACUCGCGGAUAUCCUGGACCCAAAGACCACCGUACUUGUCGUGCGCGAUCUGGAUCAGGCAGCUCCAGGUGGCAAAGACCAAAGCGACCAAUCCACCGACGUGCGCUUUACUGGGGAUGAGCAUGACGAGGACGCAUGCAAGAAGGGUACAAUCAUUAGCUUUGCGAAGUGGGCUCAUCCAGUCGCAGAAGAUGAGGAAUACGAAGAACCACCGUGGCAUUGGCCAGAGGGAACAGCACUUGAGGUCUUGAAUGAAUGGACAAAACAGAUGGAGGAAGCACAAGAGAAAGUCGUGGGAUCAACUCCAUGCUAUCGUCUUAACUUUAUGGGCACAGAUCCUGUUCACGAGAGACGUGGCGCAGCCUCAAUGAUGCUUCGAUGGGGUCUCGAACAAUGUAGGAAGCACAAUGCGCCGGCGUAUCUUGAAUCUACCAUCGAAGCCGCACCCUUCUACGAGAAAAAUGGCUUCAUCGCUAUAGAGACGCUCUCCCUUAAGUUGCAGGAUUCAUACGGUUGUGUCGAAACGUACAAAGAGAUUGGGUUCCUUUAUAGACCGCAAAAGGCAUAGAGGCAACAAUGAACCAAAGUACCUGUGAGAGGAUGACGUUCUCAAAGAGUCGGCGUGUUUUAGGGUAAGAGUAACCUUCCCUCCAGUGCUACCGGUCACCCUAUGUUCCAGAAUAAAGUUAGAGGUACUUUGAUCGUUGAAUAACCCAGAAGCUGCACACAC